CCCCUCCCUUUCCUGCCUCCUCUCUCGCCGUCACUAAUUCUCGUUUAAAUUGACACUCACGGCUAGGCUCCCACCCUCCAUCCCUUCCAUCCGGCCAACAUUUCCCCGGGCCGAGUGCAGUCGGGAGGGAAGGCUGCAAGCGGACCUAACGCGCGGACAGACAAAAUAUAGACGGCUGCUGAUUUUCGCCAUCGAGGUGUCCUGCGUGCGUGUGUGUGUUUAGCCACACAGCUUUUCAGCGCCGCUGCCCACUCCCACAGCCAGCAGUAACAUGGCUGGGGCGUCGGUAAAAGUGGCGGUGAGGGUCCGGCCCUUCAACUCCAGGGAGAUGGCCAAGGACAGCAAAUGCAUCAUUCAGAUGACGGGAAACACCACAACCAUCCUGAACCCCAAACAGCCCAAAGAGAACAAGAGCUUCAACUUUGACUACUCGUACUGGUCUCACACCACGCCCGAGGACAGCCACUAUGCAUCCCAGAUGCAAGUGUACAAGGACAUUGGCGAGGAGAUGCUGCUCCACGCCUUUGAAGGCUACAAUGUUUGCAUCUUUGCAUAUGGCCAGACGGGAGCGGGCAAGAGCUACACCAUGAUGGGACGGCAGGAGACGGACCAGGAGGGCAUCAUACCGCUGCUCUGCGAGGACCUUUUUACCAAGAUCAGCGACAGCAAUAAUGACAACAGCAUGUCGUACUCUGUGGAGGUGAGCUACAUGGAAAUCUACUGCGAGCGCGUGCGUGACUUGCUGAACCCUAAAAACAAAGGCAACCUGCGAGUAAGAGAGCACCCGCUAAUGGGGCCCUAUGUGGAAGAUUUGUCCAAGUUGGCCGUCACCUCUUACAAUGACAUCCAGGACCUGAUGGAUUCUGGAAACAAGGCCAGAACCGUCGCUGCUACAAACAUGAAUGAGACCAGCAGCCGCUCGCACGCCGUAUUUAACAUCAUCUUCACUCAGAAGAAACACGACUCCGACAGUGACAACACGUCAGAAAAGGUCAGCAAAAUCAGCCUGGUGGACUUGGCCGGGAGCGAGCGGGCCGACUCUACCGGCGCAAAAGGAACCAGACUGAAGGAAGGCGCCAACAUCAACAAAUCACUGACCACGUUGGGCAAAGUUAUCUCUGCUUUAGCUGAGCAGGAUUCGGCCCCAAACAAGAAUAAGAAGAAGAAGAAGGUGGAGAGUUUCAUUCCAUACAGAGAUUCAGUCCUGACGUGGCUACUGAGGGAGAACUUGGGUGGAAACUCUCGCACCGCCAUGGUGGCUGCUCUCAGUCCUGCUGAUAUCAACUACGACGAAACCCUCAGUACACUCCGGUACGCCGACCGCGCAAAGCAGAUCCGCUGCAACGCCGUCAUCAACGAGGACCCGAACAACCGUCUGGUGCGCGAGUUGAAAGAGGAGGUGGCUCGCCUCAAAGACCUGCUCUACUCUCAGGGCCUGGGCGAUAUCAUCGAGAACCUGUGCGAUUACAAGAACUUUGCGAAUGAUCGCCAGGCUGUCAAUCAAAGGGGUGAUCUCUCCACAGUGACCAACGCCAUGACGGGCAUGAGCCCCUCGCCCUCGCUGUCGGCCAUGUCCAGUCGCGCCCCCUCCAUCAGCAACCUCCACGAUCGCAUCUUCAGCCCGGCCAGCGAGGAGGCCAUCGAGAGGCUCAAGGAAACGGAGAAAAUCAUUGCGGAGCUCAACGAAACUUGGGAAGAGAAACUACGGCGCACCGAGGCCAUUCGCAUGGAGAGAGAGGCCCUCCUGGCCGAGAUGGGCGUUGCCAUGAGAGAAGAUGGAGGCACCGUUGGCGUUUUCUCCCCCAAAAAGACGCCGCAUCUGGUCAACCUAAACGAGGACCCGCUGAUGUCCGAAUGUCUCCUUUACUACAUAAAAGACGGCGUCACAAAGGUCGGUCGCGAGGAUGCCAAGGCGCGCCAGGACAUCGUACUCAGCGGCCAUUUCAUCCGAGAUGAACACUGCACCUUCAGUAGCACCACAGGCCCGCAGGGAGAAGGUUGCGUGAUUCUGGAGCCAUGUGAGAAUGCAGAGACCUACGUGAAUGGAAAGCGAGUCACGUCGCCCACGGUGCUGCGCUCAGGCAACCGCAUCAUCAUGGGCAAGAGUCACGUGUUCCGCUUCAACGAUCCCGAGCAGGCCCGGCUGGAGCGUGAGAGGACGCCGUGCGCCGAGACGCCGGUAGAGCCCGUCGACUGGGCCUUCGCUCAGAGGGAGCUGCUGGACAAGCAAGGCAUCGACAUGAAGCAGGAGAUGGAGCAGAGGCUUCAGGAGCUUGAGGACCAGUAUCGCAAAGAAAGAGAAGAAGCCAGUAUCUUGCUUGAGCAACAGAGGCUGGACUACGAAAGUAAGCUGGAGGCUCUCCAGAAGCAAGUGGACUCCCGGUACCUGGAAUCACCCGAAGAAGAAGAGGAACCAGAGGAAGAAGUGCCGUGGACCAAGCGUGAGACGGAGCUGGCUCUGUGGGCUUUCCGCAAGUGGCGCUUCUACCAGUUCACCUCGCUGCGGGAUCUGCUUUGGGGCAACGCCAUCUUCCUCAAGGAGGCCAACGCCAUAAGUGUGGAACUGAAGAAGAAGGUCCAGUUCCAGUUUGUCCUUCUGACGGACACGCUGUACUCCCCGCUGCCGCCCGACCUCCUGCCCCACAGCGAGACCAAGGAGAGGGAAAUGCGAUCCUUCCCACGCACCAUCGUGGCCGUUGAGGUACAGGACCAAAAGAACGGAGCCACGCAUUACUGGACUCUGGACAAGCUCAGGCAGAGACUGGACCUGAUGAGAGAAAUGUACGAUCGGGCCGCCGAGCUCCCGAGCAGCGCCGUGGAAGACUGCGACCACGCCCUCACCGGCGGCGACCCCUUCUACGACCGCUUCCCGUGGUUCCGUCUGGUUGGCCGGGCGUUUGUGUACCUGAGCAACCUGCUGUAUCCUGUUCCGUUGGUCCAUCGAGUGGCCAUCGUCAGCGAGAAGGGCGAAGUGAAGGGCUUCCUCAGAGUGGCUGUGCAGUCCAUUUCAGCGGAUGAAGAAGCUCCAGAUUAUGGUUCCGGUGUGAGGCAGUCUGGCACGGCCAAGAUCUCCUUUGAAGAUAAGCAGUUUGAAAAGUUCCAGACGGAGUCUUGUCCACCAGUAGGUCUUUCCCACUCCAACACGUCCCAGGAGGAGCUCCGCAUUGUGGAAGGAGAAGGACAAAACGCUGAGGUGGGCAUAUCUGCAGACGAAGUCAACAACAACACGUGUGAAGCUACCCCAGAGCCUCCACCCAGUCCCUUGAAGAGCUCAGGACUUGCUCUGGACCUUCCUUUGGAGCUCUCGCCGGAGAAGGCUUUGGCACACCUGAAGAUAGGCAGCACCUUCACCUUCAGAGUCACUGUCUUGCAGGCCUCCAGCAUCUCGGCCGAGUACGCCGACAUCUUCUGCCAGUUCAACUUCAUCCACCGCCACGACGAAGCCUUUUCCACCGAGCCGCUGAAGAACACCGGCAGGGGGCCGCCGCUUGGCUUUUACCACGUGCAAAAUAUCUCCGUGGAGGUGACCAAGUCAUUCGUGGAGUACAUCAAGAGCCAGCCCAUCGUCUUUGAAGUGUUUGGUCACUAUCAGAAGCAGCCUUUCCCGCCCCUCUGCAAGGAUCUCAUCAGUCCACUGAGACCUUCCAGAAGGCACUUUCCCAGAGUGAUGCCUUUGUCCAAACCAGUGCCAGCCACCAAGCUCAGCACUCUGACCCGCUCGGCCGCCGGUCCGUGUCACUCCAAGCAUGACCUCAUGGUCUUCUUUGAGAUCUGUGAACUGGAAGCCAGUGGAGAUUACAUCCCAGCUGUCGUCGACCACCGAGGCGGGAUGCCCUGCCAUGGCACCUACCUCCUACAUCAGGGUAUCCAGAGGAGAAUCACAGUGACCAUCGCUCAUGAAAAUGAGAACGACAUUGAAUGGAAAGAGGUGAAAGAGCUCGUGAUUGGUCGCAUCCGAAACACCCCGGAGGCUGACGAGACCAUCGUAGACCCCAACAUCCUCUCGCUGAACAUCCUCUCUUCUGGAUAUUUCUGGCCAAAACAUGACGACAACGUCUCCUUGGGAGUUGAUCAUAGGACCUUCUACCGCUUCGAGGCAGCGUGGGACAGCUCCAUGCACAACUCGCUGCUCCUGAAUCGAGUUACGCCUUACGGAGAGAAGAUCUACAUCACCCUCUCGGCCUACCUGGAGAUGGAGAACUGCACUCAGCCGACAGUCAUCACCAAAGAUUUCUGCAUGGUGUUCUACUCCCGCGACACCAAACUUCCCGCGUCCCGUUCCAUCCGAAACCUCUUCAGCACAGGCUGCCUCAGGCCUUUGGAGAGUAACCGCGUUACCGGAGUCUACGAGGUGACGCUCUGCUACAUGGCUGACAACGGCAGUCCAGGAAUGCAGCGACGUCGCAGGCGAGUGCUGGACACGUCGGUGGCGUACGUCCGAGGGGAGGAGAACCUGGCUGGGUGGAGACCUCGCAGUGACAGCCUCAUUUUGGACCACCAGUGGGAGCUGGAGAAGCUCAGCUUACUUCAGGAGGUGGAAAAGACCCGGCAUUACCUGCUGCUGAGGGAGAAGCUGGAGGCCACCCUGCUGGCCGGCCAGGAUGCCCUCUGCAAGUGCGGCGGCGACAUCAGCGACUUGGCCAAGAGUCCCGUCCUUGGCAGGAGUCCUCUCGGCAGCCCGGCACUGGACAGCCCCAACCAGCGGCAGAGGGAGCUGGCUGCCAAGUGUCUGCGUCUGCUGAUGCACACCUUCAACAGGGACUACAGCCAGGUGAGCAGCAGUGCCAGUGAGAGCAAGCUCUCCGAGAUAUCGGCGUCCAUCAUGAGAGAGGCGUCCGUGUCCACGCUCAGCACGCUCACGCCGUCCUCCACCUGCCCUUCGCUGAUUGAGGGCCACUUUGACAUCAGACACGCAGAGCCCGGUUCUGGAGCAUCCAGCCCUGAUCUGGACCCGUUCAGCCCGAUAGACAGAAAGAAAGCGCUCAAAGGCUGCAGCUUUGUUCCGGACAUUCAGGAGAUUCGAGUCAGCCCCAUCGUGUCCAAGAAGGGAUACCUCCACUUUCUGGAGCCACACGCCAGUGGCUGGGUCAAACGCUACGUGGUGGUGCGCCGGCCCUACGUAUACCUGUACCGCAGCGAGAAGGACGCCGUGGAGCGAGCCGUCAUCAACUUGUCGUCAGCCAAGGUGGAAUACAGUGAAGACAAGCAAACCUUGCUGCGGACGCCAAACACGUUUGCCGUGUGCACUGAGCAUCGUGGGAUCCUGCUUCAAGCCAACAAUGACAAAGAGAUGCACGACUGGCUUUAUGCCUUCAAUCCUCUCUUGGCGGGUACCAUCAGGUCCAAACUGUCUAGAAGAAAGUCGGUCCAAUCGGUGCCGGUGGCCCAGAGGAUGUGAGAUGAGACUCUUCACGGGCAUCCUUGAAAUUGAAAAACCACCGACUCUGGUAUAUUACGUAGCCACUGGAAAUACCCUUUGAAAAAUCUCCCCAACAUGUCGACGGCGCCCAGUCACAUACGUGUAGCUAGCCCUUCCUUUGUUGUUAGCAAGAUGGCUAUUACGUUUUUUUGUACACAGUGCCACCCGGUGGGAGGGGCGGGAUCCUCUGCAUGACGAUAACGCUAGCUUGCGUAUUCGAUCCUAUUAUACGCUUUUCACUUCGGAGGCGUGACAGUACAACAAUACAUGAAAUACGAGUUCAAGUGUCACGUGGCUAAUGAAAGCAUGUAGUACUCGUACUAGUCGCCCGUCACUACUCGUACGAGCAGCGUGCAUCAGUGCACAAUUUUGCCUCACUAGUAGCAUGUAGUUGGCCGACUAGCAUGCUAAAGUUGUCUGCACAAACAUAGCCUGACAAAAAAGUUACUAGUUAGACAGUCGUUCAACUCGUGCGCUGAAUUAUCUUACUUGCUUUCCGGGUCAGGUUAGGUUACAUGAAAAUCAAGACCAAAUUUAAGGGUCAACUAUAAUUUUCUAUUACGCCCCAGAAAGAAAAUCACACAACAUAACACCCUGGCCUUUAAAAGAGGGGGAAAAAAAAAAAAGAUCAUCCCUUGUGCAUAUUAUCACAAAGUAAUGUUGUGUAUUGUUGUAUUAUGUUUGAAUAAUUUGUGAUGGAACUAGCGACCAAUUUUGUUGCACGGCACUUUAUCGUUCUUGUUAAGUCGUUGCUUUACCAAAGCUUUUUUUUGUGUGCAUAGUUUGCGCUUGUUUUACCAAACUUUAAAGUUACAUAAUUAUCCUGUGCUGUAGAAUUUAGGAGAAACUAGCGUAGAUAAACUAAAUCCAACUGGUAGAUUGUUUUUUAAUUGUAGGAGACAUAGACCUCAUUACCUUCCCUCGUUGAGUAUAGCAUUAAAAUGACAACGUUUGGAAAGAUUUUCUUUUGGGGGGGGCAAGAGGAACAUUGUUUUUUCUGUUUUGCAUUGUGCGACCCAGUCCAGAAUUUGUCCUUUUUAGUCAGUGUUGUUUCAGAUUCCUGCAAAAAAAUGUGAACAAUUUUGCAGAGGAAAGGUCCACACAGCAUCUAGUGCCUCCCCCUUUCUCAAACAAAUAGUUUUCAUUUUUUGCUCGAUGAAAUCAAUGAGCAUCCUCAUAUGCCCACCACUAGAAGUAGAUGAGCAAAGUUACUUUGUAGCAACUCAACAAUCAUUUCCAGUGCAAUGAAGUGAAAUUGGACCCUUCCCCGGGGCACAUUGUUGGGAAUGGCCACACUGAGAUGAUCCCCCCCAAAACAGAAUGACAUUUUGAAAAAGGAAAGGUGUGUCAAAGACUCGAUCUGCCAACCAUCGGCUCUUUUGUCUUGCACGCUGCAGGCUGGCCAACCUGUUUAGUCGUGCGGCGGCCCGAAAUGAAAACACAAAUGUCAUUUCUGCACGGUUUGGCUCAUCUCAGUCGAAAACGUCAGUCAGAGGGAUUUUAGAUGACCUUCGAUGCGCUUCAAUUUUAUUUAUUCAAGUAGAAUCGCGCACAUGUACAUUAAACCGCACUGCAGGUCAAAGUACCCAAUUCUGAUUUUUAUUUGUUUCUAUGUUACAAGUAACAUGUGGCUUAGCAAUAUUAAGUAUAAUAUAUACUAUUAAAGGUGACGUAGUGUCAAAUGAACUUGACUUACACACACAUGCAGUUAAAAACAGUUUCAAAGUCAUUCGAGUAUCCCAAGAAAACGAAAUGAGGGAUUUAUGAUCUUUUUGUGGAUUCAUCUAACACGUGACGUUAUUCAGGGCCUCUAUAGUGUAUCCAUUUGUGUGCACUGUGCGCCUCGCUUUGUGUCGGCCUGCUUCUUUCCGGUCGGAGCCAAGCAUGCGGGUCCGUAUGUAGUCCCCCCCCUCCUCUUCCUCUUUCUCCUGCUGCCUCUAAAAGAUCUGCUGUAAACUGAAGUCACCACUCCCCAAUCUUUGUAACGGAUCCUCCCUUCUGCCUCUGUCUUGUAUAUAGUACAGUAAACGAUGAGUUGCGGUGUGCGAGGGUCUCUUCCGAGCUCUUUUCUGUCCACCACUGAGAAUGGAAAUAUUCCUAACCAGUCUUGCAGGGUGAUCAUCGAUCGUUUUUUGCACUUUUGCCCACGUCUUCAACUCACUUUUAUCUUCUCUGUUCUUCUCGUGACUUGUCAAGAGAUGAAAAAAAAAACAUAAUCAAAAUAAAUGAGUGUUCAAAUGUGAACGGA